AUGAAGUCCGCUGUCGUCCUCACCACUCUCCUGGCCUUCGCCGUCGCCAACCCCGUUGCCAUCGCCAACGUUGACAACACCAACGCCAUCGCCAAGCGCAAUGUCGAGCUCGAGGCCCGCCAGCUUGGUGGCAUCGACCUCUCCAGCCUCCCCGGCUUGAGCAUCCUGCAGGGUCUGGGCCUUCCUGGCCUCUCCAACCUUCCCAUCAACUCUGGCAACGUUGUUUCCGUCCUCACCAACCUUUUGGCAAGUGUUCUCAGCGUUGUUGGCAACAUCCGCCAGGGUGUUCCCGGCAUUGGCGCCAUCCCCAACCUUCCUGCCAUCCCCACUAUCCCCGGUGUCUCCGUUCCGGCCGUCGGCGCCGGUACUAUCAGCGCUGAGCAGCUCACCGCCUUGAUCGGUGCCCUUCAGGCCCAGAUUGCCCCUCUCAUCUCUGGCACCGGUCUUCCUUCCCUUCCCGGCGUUCCCACUGGCGGUCUCCCCGACCUUGGCGGCCUGACCUCCGGCCUCGGUGCUCUCUCUGGCGUCCUCAGCCUCGUCACCGGCCUUCUCGGACCCCUUCUCGGUGGUCUUCUCGGUGGCCUCGGUGGCGGUCUCCUCGGUGGCCGUGCUUAA